UCGGCUGCAGUCCAAGACUUGAUUUACAUUUCUUUCAAGACUUGAUUUUUGCACGAACUCAUGGCCCUGUCCGUAUUGCCACUGCACUCGAAAUCUGGUGUUCACUAAGCCUUUGUCGCCGUCUUUGCGGGGAAGACAAUGCACAGGGCAAGGUUUCGUUUGGGAUCGAUAGCUGACUCGCUAUACAGAUUCAGGCCACACGAACAUGGGCGAAAACAGGAUGCGAAUAAGAUGGUAUUCCGUCGAGCUCUUCUCAUCUCCCAAGGUAUUGAAUAUUUGGGAAAUGAAGCCGAGUCAACUAAGUUCAUGCAGAGACAGAUUGUCGAUGCACUUCGAGUGGGCGAUAGAAGUAGUGCUUCCAAUCUGCUCAUGGAACUUGGCCAGGAAAAACACUCUUUAACUGCAGAUAAUUUUGUUGGCAUUUUGAGCUACUGUGCAAGAUCACCUGAUCCACUGUUUGUCAUGGAAACUUGGAAAAUAAUGGAAGAAAGAGGAGUUUUUCUGGAUAACACAUGCACUUUACUUAUGAUAAAAGCACUCUGUAAGGGCGGUUACUUGGAUGAGGCAUUUGGUCUAAUAAGUUUCCUGGCAGAAAGUCGUGUCAUGUUUCCUGUUCUGCCUGUGUACAAUCUUUUUUUGAGAGCCUGUGGCAAAAGGCAAAGUACGGUUCAUGUUAGUCAAUGUUUGGAUAUGAUGGAUCGCAGAAUGGUCGGGAAGAAUGAAGCUACAUAUUCUGAGCUACUCAAGGUUGCAGUUUGUCAGAAAAAUUUGUCUUCUGUGCAUGAAAUUUGGACAGACUUUGUAAAAAAUUACAGUCCAAGUGUUUUAUCUCUAAGAAAGUUUAUAUGGUCUUAUACAAGGCUGGGAGACCUAAAAUCUGCAUAUACUGCACUGCAAAAGAUGGUGGCUUUGGUUAUUGGAGCCGCAGGACAAAAGUUACCCUCUUUAGAAUUGGACAUUCCUGUACCCUUAAGAACUGAAUCCUAUCAUGAAAAUUUUAAUUUCGAGGAAAAUGGACCUUCUACCGACGAGUUGUACUGUAAGAAAAUGGUCCCCUGCGAAGGUGACAUUGGGCAAUUUUCUGUUAAUGGUAUGAAGUGUGGAGAAGUUGAAAGUGGUCGAUUAACUUUGCCGAGCAAUUACAGAAGCAAUUUUGUUAUGAAGGUUUUGAGGUGGUCUUUCAAUGAUGUGAUAUGUGCAUGUGCGCUUACUAGGAACUGUGGUCUUGCAGAGCAGUUAAUGCAACAGAUGCAUGAACUGGGAUUGCAACCUUCGUCCCACACAUUUGAUGGUUUUGUUAGAUCAGUUGUUUCAGAGAGAGGUUUCAGUGAUGGCAUUAAAAUAUUAAAAAUAAUGCAACAGAGGAAAUUGAAGCCAUAUGAUUCAACUCUUGCUGCUGUUUCGAUAAGUUGUAGCAAGGCGCUAGAACUUGAUUUGGCUGAGGCUCUACUCGAACAAAUUUCAGCUUGUGUGUUCCCACACCCCUUCAAUGCAUUUCUUUCAGCAUGUGACAUGAUGGAUCAGCCAGAACGUGCCAUGCGUAUGUUGGUUAAAAUGAAACAAAUGGAGGUGCUUCCAGAUGUGAAGACCUAUGAGCUUUUAUAUUCAUUAUUUGGUAACGUGAAUGCUCCAUACGAGGAGGGCAACAGAUUGUCACAGGUGGAUGCUGCAAAAAGGAUACGCAUGAUAGAGAUGGAUAUGGAGAAACAUGGGAUACAACACAGUCAUUUCUCUAUGAUGAACUUGUUGAAAGCUCUUGGUGCGGAGGGGAUGACGAAGGAGCUUCUUCAGUAUUUAAAUGUGGCAGAGAACCUCUUCUAUUACGAUAACACUUGUCUGGGGACGCCUAUUUACAACACAGCGUUGCAUUUUUUAGUUGAAUCCAAAGAGAUCCAUAUGGCAAUAGAAUUAUUCAAUAAUAUGAAGCAUUCUGGUCUCUUUCCAGAUGCUGCGACAUUUGAGAUGAUGAUCAACUGUUGCAGUGUUAUCGGAUGCUUGAAAUCUGCGUUUGCUCUUCUCUCCCUGAUGAUUCGCUCCGGGUUUUGUCCUCAGAUAUUAACUUAUACCAGUCUAGUAAAGAUUGUGCUGGGAUUUGAGAGAUUUGAUGAUGCCUUGAAUCUCUUAGAUCAAGCCAGUUCAGAAGGGAUUGAACUUGAUGUUGUUAUAAUGAAUACAAUCGUGCAGAAAGCUUGUGAAAAGGUAACUUNUGAUGUGAUUGAGUUUGUCGUUGAGAAGAUGAAGCGCGAAAAGAUCCAGCCCGACCCUUCAACGUGCCAUAGUGUCUUCUCGGCAUAUGUGAGCCUUGGCUAUCACAGCACCGCCAUGGAAGCACUGCAAGUACUGAGCAUGCGUAUGCUAUGCAAAGAACACGACACUUCUCCAGUCGUUACAGAAUAUGUCGAAGACUUUGUGCUUGCAGAAGACUCCGAAGCGGAAUCACGGAUUUUGGAAUUCUUCAAAUGCUCUGAAGAGAGCCUAAGUUUUGCCCUUCUCAACUUGAGAUGGUCUGCCAUGCUGGGAUAUUCCCUUUGUUCUUCCCCUAAUCAGAGUCCAUGGGCAAUGAGACUUGCAAGUUCCUAUGAUGAUGGCUACACAGCCUAAUAGAUGAAAAUGAAAUCAUCAAGAAUCUCUUUGUUCUAACGCUACUUAAAGUUGAAUAUUUCGUUUUUUCAACAUGGAAUUAGAACAAGAGAUCAAAACAAUUGUUGUAUUUUUACUUGGAGAGCGUCCAAAUACAAAUAAAGCACUUAUUUUUGUUAA